CACCGGCCGAUGCCACCUCCAUUUUUCCCUCCCUCUGCCGGCGAUUCGACUCACCGGCCGCAACCGCGAUCUGCCACCUUUCGCCGCCCGCUAGAGAUCUGCUCUUCCACCUUCUCCAAUGCCGCCUCCAUUUUCCCCUCCCUCCCCCGGCGAUUCGACUCACCGGCCGCAUUCCACCGCGAUUCGCAAUGAUGAGAUCUGCCCCUUCCACAGUUCCACCUUCUGAUUCGAGGUCCGGCAAAGGGCGGCUCUUUGCGAUUUUCGGCGCGAAUCGCCACGCCCCUAGAUCCCCAAAUCCUCACCGCCUCUUUGCGAUUUUCAGCGACCACGGCAGCCAUGGCCGCCGAUCUGCCCCUCCCACCACCAGAAAACCAGAAAUUGAUAUGCCACCUCCCUUCCCCCUAUGGUGCCUGGUCCAGAACCGCCGCUCGCCAGCCGCUGUGUUGCAGUCGCCCACUACUAUUCUCACUUCAACUGAAGAAGCAGGGGGCCUCAAAUUUGUAUGCAUGUCCAAUGAUGGUGUUGAUAAACACAUGAUCUGGCUGAUAGGAUUGAAAAACAUCUUUGCCAGGCAACUUCCUAAUAUGCCGAGAGAAUACAUUGUACGUCUCCUAAUGGACAGGCGUGCCCCUGGUUUUGAACCUUUUCUGUAAAGCUUAUGUGCAAUUAUUCAAUUAGCUUCUUUUUAUGUUGCUGGGUUUGGUCAUUUAUUCCAUUAGCGUAAGAACAAAGCUGUGUUGGUUAAUGUUUAGUUGGUUAUCUGCUUCUAUCUCACAAUAAAUGAGAACGUAUCAACAGUAGUUGGCAGUUAGAGAUGAUUGAAUUUUUUUUGCAUUAGAUUGAUUUAUCAAUCUGUUGGUUGGCAUCUAUGUUUAUAAAAGUUCUGAGUUAUACAAUUAAUUCAUGUAGACUAAAUUAUACUACUAAUGAUUGUUUUUCUUUGAUGCAGAAAGACAACUUUGCUAGGGUGAUUUUAACAUUCUCUAGAAUCGCAAAUGAGAAUUUUUUAAUUUAAGCUGUGUUUUUUUCUUUUGCUUUUUAAUGUAGUUGAUUAUUACUUUGAUUCCUCAAUUAUUCUAUUAUUCAAUUAAUAUUUAUCGCUAUUUUACUAAAUAUUUGUGAUUCAGUAUAUAUUUUAAGUAUAUUGCAGUGUUCGAUGAGUUAUGGGCUGCUAAAAAAAUAGUAAAAUUUCAAUUUAUAUCAUGCAUCUAUCUCAUAAUUAGUCCUGCUAGAGAAAACAUCAUUUUUAUAAUUCUUCCAAGUUAUUUUGGAAAAAAGAAACACAACAAUAAGUGGGAAAGUGACAACUCCUCGAACACAAUCAAAGAUCAAGUGGGUCAUCCUAUUUAAUUGGUGAUAAUAAUAAUAAGAAUUAUAGCUAUAAUAAUUCGUGAUAUUAUUAUUAAUUAGGAUGUUUUGUUUUGGUAUUAUUAUUAGCCAUACAUGAUUAUAAUAAAUCGAACAUUUGUUAUGUUUUCGCAUUGCUCUAUAUUAUUUUCACUUCUUUUUUAGUUUGUUAUUAUGUUGUUAUUUAAUAUUCCUAUCUUAAAUUAGUAUGAGUUAUAAAUCUCUCAAGCCUCGGCGGGUAUCCGACGUAGUUGGUGGCAGGUAUCCGACGAGUAACGGUUGACGGGUAUUUGAUGGGUAGUGGGUUGGUGGAUACUCGACGGGUGGCGGAUAUCCACAUGUCGUGGGUAUGGGUAGCAAAUAGUAGUGUACAAGAAGUUGAAAUUUUCUCUAAAAUUUGCCGUAGUUUCGUGGUGAUUUAUUUGUUGGAUAGUUUAUUACAUUUUUUGAGUGGUUAAUUGCAUUUGUUGGGUGGUUGGUUGCAUGAUGUCUACGCCGAGAAGCAGCAGUGCCCCUAUCUCUCAAGCCUCGGCGGGUAUCCAACGGAUAGUCGGUGGCGCGUAUUCGACGGGUAACGGGUGACGAAUAUUCGACGGGUGGCGGGUAUCCGCGGGUCACGGAUAUGGGUGGCAAAUAGUAGUGUAUGUCAAAUAAUUUUUUUAAAAAUACAUUUCGCAACGUAGACAUAUGUCAUGUUAACACUUAUUUUAUUGAAUAAUAUUCAUCAUUUAUAAAUAUAUUAUGAAAGGGAGGUUCACUCUUUUUUUU